AUGUCUGUCCUGGAAUAUGAUUACAUCGUAGUGGGUGGUGGUCUUGCUGGGUUGGUCGUUGCGAAUAGACUAAGUGAAGAUCCGCAAAAGAAAGUCUUGGUCAUCGAGGCCGGUGCGGAUCACAAAGACAACCCCAGAGUUAACACUCCAGGUUUGAUGACAACCUUGUACGGGGAUCCUGAGUAUGACUGGCAGUUCAUGAGCCCCCCUCAGCCUCAUGCCAAUAAUAGACAGAUCGCAUGUCCUCGAGGUCGUGCUCUAGGGGGUAGCUCAGCAAUCAACUUUUCCGCAAUAUUCUACCCAUCGAAGGGAAACUUCAAUGCCUGGGCCUCACUUGGCAACCCGGGAUGGAAUGGCGAAGAUAUAGCACCUUACUUUCAGAAGUACCAUACAUUCCACCCGCCAUCUGAAGCUGUCACAAAGCAACUAUCUUUGGACUAUGUGGAUGCGAGUGCUCAAGGUCGUGACGGGCCUUUGCCGGUAAUCUUUGGCGACGGGUAUGGGCCAUUCAACGAAGCUUGGGUAGAAACCUUCCGCGAGCUUGGUUAUCACCUACCUAGUGACCCUAUCAAGGGAGAAAAGCUUGGUGCAUUCACGGUUCCACUCUCAAUCAACCCCGAAAACAAUACUCGUGCAUAUUCCGCCAGUGCUUACUACUCUGAGGAAACUCGCAAACGACCAAACUUGACAGUUCUCACACAAACCGCAGCCGAGAAGAUCAUCCUGGGAAAAGAUGCAGACGGAUCCGCUGUGGCAACGGGGGUGCAAGUAAUUUCAAACGAUGAGCGGAAAACAUAUCUGGCAAGGAAAGAAGUUAUCUUGGCAGCUGGUGCCGUCCAAUCGCCACAACUUCUGGAACUCUCUGGUAUUGGUGGAAAGGAACUACUUACGAAGCACGGGAUCCCAGUCAUUGUUGACCUCCCAUCUGUCGGGGAAAACUUCCAGGACCACCCUUUCGCAGGAAUCAGUUGGGAAAUAGCUGACGACCAAGCUUCUGGGGACAUCCUUCGCGACCCCAGUCUUGUUGAAGCAGUCCUCAAGUUAUACCAGGAAACAAAUGGUGGUCCCAUGAACGGCACACCAAUCAGCGCUUCCUACAUGCCGAUGGUAGACAUCAACGGCGAACUGAGCCGUGAAAGUAUAGAGAAGCUUCUCGUCGAACACCUUGAUAAUGUGGACUAUCCAACAUUUCCUGGACAGAAGCUCCAAUAUGAGGUCUUACGCAAACAAUUGCUUGAUCCGAAGGAGUCUUCGGGGGAGUACAUGUCUCUGCCUUUGCAACUUAAUAUGGGUAAGAAGACAGACAUGCCUCUCCUUUUCUCCAAGAUCUCCGAGGGAAACUACUAUUCCAUUAUUAUCAUGAUCAACCACCCUUUCUCUCGAGGUGUUGUUCAUAUCGAGUCGAAGGAUCCCAAGGCACAUCCCGUCGUUGAUCCACGUUACCUGUCGCAUCCAUUAGACCUCGAAAUCCUAGCUCGGCACACACAAUAUCUCGAGAAGAUUAUUUCGACGGCGCCUCUUUGCAAUCUUCUGAAGAAAGGAGGACGACGGAUCCCUGCUGGUGCAGACCCCACGAGUCUGGAUGCGGCCAAAGAGAUUGCUAGAGAACGACUGUUCACCGCGUUUCAUCCUUCUGGGACUUGUGCCAUGAUGCCGCGAGAUAUUGGAGGAGUGGUAAGCGAGAAACUGGUUGUUUAUGGAACAAAGAACUUGCGAGUGGUGGAUGCUUCGAUUUUCCCGAUUGAGCCGCUGGGAAAUAUUCAGGCGAGUGUUUAUGCUGUUGCAGAGAAGGCUGCAGACUUGAUCAAGGCGGAUUGGGUAUCUUGA